CGAGGUUCAACUCCGCAUCUCCACGCGGUCCGUGCGCGUGCUUCCCCGCAACGCGUCGUCCUGGCAGAGUACAUCCACGACUGAGGCCAGGCCAAUUAUCAAGAUGCGCACUCUCAAGCCCUUCCGUAUGCAGAAAACUGCUAGUUCAUUCUCUGUUUCCAAGGACUACACCAAUCGCUGAAGAAUCUCACCCCCAAUACCGCUCGAAUUCGUUGCUCUUCCCUCCCCCCCGAACCACCAUAUCGCAAUCGUACACGAUGAACUUCUCUAUUCCCGACGACCUCAAGCAAUACCUCGCCGAUCUCGACAAUUUCAUCGAAGAAAAGAUACUCCCGCUUCAACACAAAGGCGAUAACAGCCGGUUCUUCGAUCACCGCCGCGAGCACGCUCGAACCGAUUGGGAUAACGGUGGGCUGCCGCGCAAAGAAUGGGAGGAUCUAUUAGCUGAAUCUAGAAGACUCGCAGAUGAAGCUGGUUUCUACCGGCUUUCACUGCCAAAACAGUAUGGUGGGCGAAGUAAUGCCGAUGGGCGGGGAAGCAACCUCUGGAUGGCUGUCAUUCGAGAGCAUCUUGCAGCAAAGGGACUUGGGCUAUUCAACGAUCUUCAAAAUGAGCAUUCUGUGGUUGGAAAUUUUCCAGAUGUAGUCAUGCUUAUGAAUUUCGGGAGCGAGCAGCAGAAGAGUGAGUUUAUACCGCUGCGACUUGAGGGCAAGUUUAGGAUGACGUUUGGUUUGACGGAACCGGAUCAUGGGUCGGAUGCUACACAUAUGGCUACAAAGGGGAGGCCGGAGACGAGGAACGGGAUCAAGGGAUGGUUGCUGAAUGGGUACAAGAGGUGGCAGACGGGUAUGCAUAAUGCCACCCACUGCUCGAUAUUUGCGAGAACGUCGGGGAAGGAUGGUGAGGUUAAGGGUAUAUCUUGCUUCAUUGUACCCGUGGAAACUCCUGGUCUCAAAGCAGAGUCGUACGAGUGGACUUUGAAUAUGCCUACCGACCAUGCUACCGUCUCGAUCAAGGACGUGUGGGCCCCCGAAACUGCCGCCUUGGGACCUAUACACAAUGGAUUGGGAGUCGCUCAAGCCUUUGUGCACGAAAACCGCAUCCGACAAGCUGCUUCGUCUCUCGGCGCAGCUGUAUACUGUGUCCAGCAAUCUGUUGAAUAUGCCAACGAACGCGCGCCUUUCGGAACGCCUCUCUCGCACAACCAGGGCAUCCAGUUCCCACUCGUUGAACUCGCCACCCAAUGCGAAAUGCUACGCCAACUCAUACGGAAGACUGCGCUGGAAAUGGACUCAAUGCCACACCACGAGAUCGAAAAGAAGAUUGGGGAUAAGGUGUCGAUGUGUAACUAUUAUGCGAACAGACUGUGUACCGAGGCAGCUGACCGCGCGAUUCAGGUCCAUGGUGGUAAUGGGUAUUCGAGGCACUUUCCCUUUGAACACAUUUGGCGACAUCAUCGACGGUACAGGAUUACUGAAGGGAGUGAGGAGAUCCAGAUGCGCAAGGUGGCGGCGUAUCUAUUCGGAUUUGGUGGCAGGAAGAGUCUGGUUGAUGCGACAAAGCCCGGUUCGAAAUUGUAGUUUGGCUGAUCAAGCAAUUGAAAUUCCCAUGUAAUCGGAUGUAGUGCAAGCUGACUAAGGCCGAUUUUAUAAAACGUACAUCCUCGC